AUCUCCCAUCGCAGCUGCUUACUAUAUCCCAUCUAUCCUCCAUCGCAGUCAGUCAGUCAGUCAGUCAGUCAUUCAGUCAACACGGCGCUUGCGCAUCUUCGCUCCUUCCUUCCUUGUGCAGGCCACGCUAUCGAUAACCCCCAGUCCGCGCAAGCCAGCGCCAACGUCAACAGCCACGCACUAGCUUCACACCACCCACGACCGUUGCCAUCGCCCGCGCACAUUCACAGCGACACGCACAUUGCCAUCACCUGGCCGCAAACAACUAAGACGGGUCGCAUAGACCUAUACACACAGCCAACAUGGUCGAAGACAAAUAUGUUGGUCUCAUGCUGGCCGUGAGCUCGUCACUGGCGAUUGGAGCGAGUUUUGUCAUUACAAAGAAGGGCCUCAAUGCCUCGAUGGAGAAGCAGGGCUUCAAUGGAGACGGCUUUGGAUACCUACAGAACCCCGUGUGGUGGGCCGGCAUAACAACAAUGGUUCUCGGCGAGAUUUUCAACUUCGCGGCCUAUGCUUUUGCGCCUGCCAUUUUGGUGACGCCUCUAGGAGCGCUUUCAGUCCUCAUCGGUGCCGUGCUUGGUUCAUACUUCCUGGACGAACAAUUGGGCCUACUAGGCAAGAUCGGCUGCGCGAUAUGUCUCAUCGGAUCCGUCAUCAUCGUACUGCAUGCGCCGCCAGACAAAGAGGUCGAGUCCGUCGAAGAGAUCUUGAAUCUCGCGCUCCAGCCAGGUUUCCUCUUCUACUGCGCUUUCUGUGUCGUCUUCUGCAUCUUCAUGAUAUACAAGAUUGCGCCCAAAUACGGUCGCAAGAACCCGCUCAUUUACCUCUCCAUUUGUUCGACAGCCGGCUCCGUCUCCAUCAUGUUUAUCAAGGCCUUCGGUAUUGCCCUGAAGAUGACAUUUGCUGGAAACAACCAGUUUACACACCCUUCGACAUACGUCUUCGUAAUCCUGGUCGUUGGCUGCAUUCUCACGCAGAUGAACUACUUCAACAAGGCCCUGAGCCAAUUCUCGACAAACAUUGUCAACCCCCUCUACUACGUCAUGUUCACGACCUGUACCCUCGUCGCUUCUUGCCUCCUCUUCCAAGGCUUCAACACUACAUCCGCAGUCAACACCAUCUCCCUGCUCUGCGGUUUCCUCAUCAUCUUCUCGGGCGUAUAUCUCUUGAACCUCUCGCGCGAAGACCCCAACGGCAACAAAGCAUUCGGCUCGCGUUUCACCGACGGCCCGCCUUCAGAUGCCAUUUCUGGCUUUCCCACCAGACGCAGUAUGCAGGCGCGACGCAGCGAGGAGCUUUUUGAGCGACAAUCGGUGGGUGUCAUUCGCGACGGCAGAUCUAGCUACGCCGAUGCAGGUGAUCGAGGCGCGCUUAUGCACGACUACGAUGUGGAGAACCAAUUCGAGCUUGGCGAUCUGGCUGAUAGCGACGAUGAGCUGGAAAGCGGCCAGAAUACCAAGCGGACGAGCUUCGAUGAGGAAGCGCGGUUGAACGGAAGACUAAGCGGUGCAGGCAGAGGGCGAGUCCACAAAGAAUCAGUACAGCCGAAGAGGAAUUCGUCAGUCCGAUAGACCAGGCAAUCAGAUGAUGACCAUCGAUUCGUACAGGCUUUUGCCUGUCUGACUUCUCUCAGGACCAGGGUCAAUCCUUAUAGCGAGGAUGUAACUGGUUUGUAGAGCUUGGAUUGUAUUGCACCGCGGCGUUUGUGGCACGGGGAUUUAGGGUAGUGGGAUCGGCGCCUAGGAUUAGGGUGCCGGCCACUUGUACUUGUACUAUGAUAGCAUGAUAUGUAUACCCAGAAGGCACGGAAGAAGGACUGGUAUUCUUUCUAGAGCACUCGAAUUGCAAU